UAAUCAGAUUCUUGACAUUCCUCAGCCCCAGGUUGGCUGGAGAAGCAUGUUCCCCAGAGGAGCAGAGGUCCAGGACUGGCAUUUGGAUAUGCAGCUGACGGGCAAGGUGGUGCUGUCGGCUGCUGCCCUGCUCCUGGUGACUGUGGCCUACAGGCUGUACAAGUCGAGACCUGCCCCAUCCCAGCAGUGGGGUGGGAAUGCCCAGGCAGAAGUCAAGGAGGAAGCAGAGGGCUCAGAGCAGCCUGCUGUCCAGGGGGCUUCUCCUGGGGCACUGCAGAGGGGACCAAGACGCCGGAGGAGCAGCAAGGGGGCCGAAGCACCGCAGGGCUGCAGCUGGGAGAAUCCAAGAGGCUCCUGCGUCCUGGUCACGGGGGCCACGUCUACAGACAGGAAGCUCCAGAGAAAAGGCUCAGGUGAGGAGUGGGGAGGGCAGGGCUCUGACUCUGAGCAGGUGCCUCCGUGCUGCCAGGGCCAGGAAGCCAGCACUGCCGCAGGCGGUAAUCCUGACCCUCCCCAUCGCCCCCGCUUGGGCAGUGAACCGAACAGCUUCCCGGCUGGACUCACUGCAGCAGCCCACGGCAGCUGUGCGUGCGGUGAGCCUGCUCCAUGGCAGGACAGCGAACCCCCUGAGCAGCCAGGGCCAGGGCAACAGGAACCUCCCCACUGUCACCACGUGGCUCCCUUGCAAGGCAGCCGCGAAAUGAAGCAGAGCUGGGUCUUCACUCGUGUGAUGGGGGUCAACAGAGAAGAGGCUGGGGCUCUCCAGGCUGUGUCCGAUGUUGACCUGACCCUGCAUCAUCAGGAGGGAGCCCCCAACGCCUCCUAUACCUUCUCGUCCAUAGCCCGUGUCCGAAUGGAGGAGAAUUUCAUACAGAACGUGGAUGGGGUCAGGCCCAGUCUCAAGGGCAAGGUGUACGACUACUACGUGGAAUCGACCUCUCAGGCCCUCUUCCAGGGCAGCUUGGCUCCCAGGACAGCAGUCCCGACUGAGGUUCCAUCCCUUAUGCCACCGCCAGCGUCCCAGGGAACAGGGGCAGCCUCAGGAAGCCAAGCUGGUGACACAAAGGGUGCAGCUGAAAGAGCCACCUCCCCUCAGCCAGGGAGGUCAUCCUCCACCAGAGGCUUCAGCCGGAAGGAGAGCCUCCUGCAGAUAGCGGAGAACCCAGAGCUGCAGCUGCAGCCGGACGGCUCCCAGCUCCCUGCUCCCCACUGCCCAGACCUGGGCGCCCUGCCUAGCUCAGGCAGAAGCAGCUGGGAGCCCCAUGUGCAGCUGGUGGCUGGGACCAAUUUCUUCCACUUCCCGCUCACCCCUGCUCCAGCCCCACAGGUCCACCUGGAUCUGGGCAAUUGCUAUGAGGUGCUGACCUUAGCCAAGAGGCAGAACCUGGAGGCCCUGAAGGAGGCGGCCUACAAGGUAAUGAGUGACAACUACCUCCAGGUGCUGCGCAGCCCGGACAUCCACGGGGGCCUGAGCGGGGCAGAGCGGGAGCUGAUCCUGCAGCGCCGGCUCCGGGGCCGCCAGUACCUGGUGGUGGCUGAUGUGUGCCCCAAGAAAGACUGCGGAGGCCUGUGUUGCUAUGACGACGAGCGGGACGCCUGGCACCCGCUGGCUCGCCUGCCUCCCGAGGCCGUGUCCCGGGGCUGUGCCAUCUGCAGCCUCUUCAACUAUCUCUUCGUGGUGUCCGGCUGUCAGGGGCCCGGGCACCAGCCCUCCAGCCGCGUCUUCUGCUACAACCCGCUCACGGGCAUCUGGAGCGAGGUGUGCCCGCUGAACCAGGCCCGGCCGCACUGCCGGCUGGUGGCCCUGGACGGGCACCUGUACGCCAUCGGCGGGGAGUGUCUGAACACGGUGGAGCGUUACGACCCCAGCCUGGACCGCUGGGACUUUGCCCCGCCGCUCCCCAACGACACGUUCGCCCUGGCGCACACGGCCACGGCGUGCGCCCGGGAGAUCUUCGUGACCGGCGGCUCGCUGCGCUUCCUGCUGCUCCGCUUCUCCGCGCAGGAGCAGCGCUGGUGGGCCGGCCCCACCGGGGGCAGCCGGGAGCGCACGGCCGAGAUGGUGGCGGUCAACGGCUUCCUCUACCGCUUCGACCUGCACCGCAGCCUGGGUAUCGGCGUGUACCGCUGCAGCGUCAGCACCCGGCUCUGGUACGAGUGCGCCACGUACCGCACGCCUUACCCGGACGCCUUCCAGUGCGCCGUGGUGGACAACCUCAUCUACUGCGUGGGGCGCCGGCGCACCCUCUGCUUCCUGGCAGACUCUGUCUCGCCCAGGUUUGUGCCCAAGGAGCUGCAGAGCUUCCCGGCCCCGCAGGGCACCCUCCUGCCCACCGUCCUGACCUUGCCCACCCCCGAUUUGCCCCAGACCAGAGUCUAGCAGUCCCUCAACUGGGCUCCUCAUGCAAAGCUGGGGGCCGCAGGCCUCCACCGCCAGCCAUCCGACCGGGGGCCAUUUCCAGACAAUCAGGCAGCCCAGGAAUGUGGCAUAAAGAGGUGAAUUCCAGUCCUUUCUCCUCCCCUGGCAGGGGGAGAGGGGUCUUAGAUGAAUCUUAACCCUUCAUGGCUGCGGAGGCCCCACUGCAGACCAGGCGGCCAGGAGCUGGUGUUCCAAGGCAGAAGGGAUUCAUGUCUUCAGGGAUGAUCGCCCUUGCUUCAACUCUGAAUUCUUGGGGGGAUACACCAGGACUCCACCAAAGUUUAGGGGGCAUAGCCUCAUUGCAUCACAAUUCUAGGAGCCAGUGGACCCCAGCAGCCCCUCAAGCUGGUUGCUCUGGAGAGGGUUUGGCUCUCUGAGCCGCCAGUGCCCUUUCCUAAACAUCAGCAACCGGGCCUGCCUCCAGGGUUCCCAGAAGCUCUGGGACACACAGGUGGGAAAGAUGGAGGCAAGUGACUUGGGCAGGACCAGGAAGGAGCCCAGGGAGCCCCAGGGGGCCUGGCCAGAGGGAGUGGUGGUUUGAAAAGUAGAACAACUGAAGUUGGGGCCAGCCUAGGGGACUCUUGCUUGCGAGAAAAUUUACCAAAGCCCACCUUACUUUUCUCCUUAUUGGAAGAAAGAGAAGCACUCAUUGUACCAAGCUGUCUUCUGGUGCAGGUCUGCUAAGGAUACAGGGAAGUCUCAGCAGAUGGAAGAAACUAUGUGAUCCAGGGGCCCUCCUGCCCCUCGACCCUCCCCAUGUUAACUGACCAUCACACUCAUGCCCAGAUCUCUAGCCCUCUCCCUGUCUGGAAGCUGGGGCAGCCACCACCAGUCAACACUUCAGGUGACAGCAUCAUUUGCCCUCCGUGUGCCAGGUGCAGUCACCCAGUGUGCCUCAUUCACAUUUUCAGGUCCAUGACCAAGCCGAGGAACUAGAAGAUUCUAGUGAAGCAUCCAGAGACUGAAUCUCCUUUGACACUGGGUUUGAUAAACUCUGAAUGAAGGAGACCCCCAGCCUCAGAAGGGCACUGGUUCUUCCAGGAGGGACGGGAGAGAGCCUGGCCCAGUGGAUUACCACAGCCCUUGUUCCAUCUCUGAGGGAGACGCAGACACAGAUGGGAAAGCAGUGAUGCUCUUGGUCCCAACCAGAAGCCAGGGGAGAUGGGAGGUGCACCAGAGCAGGGUCUGAUAAGGGAGAAAAUAAGGAUGCUUUGGACCUCAGUGUCCCUGUCUUGAAAAUGGGAGGAACAAUUCAUGUCCCUAUCCACCCUGUGGAUAAAUGGGAGCCCCCAAGAGACAGUUUUCCCCGUUUCCCAGGUGGUCCCAGCUAGAGCUUGUGUCCCCUGAAGCUGCUGGGGCCCGGCUUGUGGGUCUUGUUGGAAGAAGCAGGACUGGAACAAAGGUUGAAAAAGAGCUUGGCUUGGACAUGAGAGGAAAGCGUGGACCGCAGAAGGCCGUCAUCCCUGGCCUGGGCCAGAAAGAGGAGGCAGCUGAGUUUCCUCCUAAAUCAGAGACUAGGAAGGGAAAGUCAGCUGGGACCAUGGCUGCCUCCUGGGGAGAGUGACCCCUGACCCCAGCCAAGGCCACAUUCAAGCUCAGCGUCAACACUCAGGCAUGAACCUCCAAGGGACCAGUGGGGUGGGUGAGAAUAGCUUCAGUGACAAGACCGGAAGGCGGCACUAGCACUGUGCUGCUGGACUGGGGGAAGGACUUGCUUGGGAGGAGAACCGCACAUAGGAGCUGGGGCAGGUGGAGCCAGACCCAGCCCUCGAGGGCAGACCUCUAGAGAGGGGCCAGGCAGACAAGGCAACAACCACAUGAGGCGAAGUUCUGGAAAGGUGCCAAGCCCAGGAGGCGCGAGGACCACUCUGGGAAAACAUUCCAAAGCCCACUGCAUACCUGUGUUAGAGGGCAGGGACUGAUUCCAGGAAUAAGGUGGCCCAUGUGUUCCAGACCCCAACCGAUGGUGGGUGUGGUCUUCAAAUGAAAGGGGAAGCUGAGAUUUGGGUCUGGGCUGAGAGGAGGUGUACACAGUCCAUCUGAUCUACCUCUCAUGGGUCCACUGGCAAAACGAUUCGUCAGUCAUCCUAUCUUUUCCUGGCAAGUUCUCACAAUGGCCUCAUAAGUAUUUCAACACAGUGCAGGCAGUCACUACCUGUAGAUGAGAGCUGAUGUGGUUGUCGUCGCUGGCCUGGGGGUCUCGAGCUGGGCUUCAGGAAGAAUGUGGUCAGGGCCUUCAUGGUGCAACAAGGUAGCUCAAAACCUUGGAAAGACCCCCUGAGGAUACAAUGGUCCUUGCAGUUUCAGAUGACGCUUUUAAAUAAAUUCUCUCUUAAUGAUGGCUUGAGUCCUGCCACUCAUGGGAGCAUCAGCAGAACCUGUAGGAUCUGAUUUGGAAUUGACAUUCUCUACUGUAAUUUUGUUCCUGUUUAUUUUUAAGUUUUUGUUUCACUAGAAAGAUGAUGCUCAGUUUUAAACAUGGGAAGUAUAGGAGCGGCUUUGUGUGUUACAAUAAAACUACAUGUGUACACACACCAAAAAAAAAAAAAAAAAAAAACAUGGUCAGGAUGUAUUUAUUUACUCCUGAAAUAAACAUUUACAGAAU